AUGAAAGCAAACGCAGUCCAGGUCAUUGCUAUACUUCUACUUCCAGCAGAACAAAUCAAAAUGUUCAAGGAAGAUGGUGCUACAAUUUUUUUGGCAGUGCUUAUCGCUUGUUGCUGCAACAUUGAACCUAAUCCCCACGUUAGCACAUUUGCAAAUGCAAGAAGGCAGGAGAGCUUUCUAAUGAGAAAUUUCCAAGGAAAGAAAGGAAUAGACACCCAGAAUAUCAUCAAAAAGAGGAUCAAUGAAAUCACUAGAGUCGCAAUUAAGGUGAAUGGGUGGCACACGGCGGAGAACACUUUGGCUAUGGAAAUUAAGUUGAUGGCUGAAGAAGCACUCGUGCCGGUUCCAGAGCUAGAAGUGAUGUCGAAGUUCAAAUUAACCCCGGCAAACGACAAAAACUUAGUGUCUACUUGGCUAUUGACUGAACAUGUAGUUUCUUCAUUCAAAUCUACGCACAUUCCAAGGUACCCAACCCUCACAGUCAUAUUGGCAUAUUUGGAGCUUGAAUUCUGUAGAUCAUAUGCAUUCUGUAUAUCAUUAAAGAAACUGGAGCUUUCGUUGAAUUUUAGCUUCACCAUAUAG